AAUCGAUCAGUGAUUUUCUUCGGUUACUUGCAUUUUCCCCAAGGAAAGAGAAGAAAGAGAGAAAGUGACUGUGGAGGUUUGAGAGAGAUAGUGAAAUGGAGAUGGAUGAAGAUAUGGAAAUCGAGUCAAUGGUGUUUGAGGUAAAAGAGAUCGAUCUGGAGUACGAGUUUGAUGCGGCGAGGUGGUACGAUUUUACUCGAGAGGAGUUACCGGCGGAGUCUCAAGCCGCUGAGUUCUGGUUUCAUUCUGCUCCGUCGUACGCUCCUUCUCCUUUUGUAACAAAACUGUUACUUAGAGAGGAGGUUUAUGAUGACAAGACUGAGACAUCUACGAGAUCAGAGGAUGAGGAACUCGCAGCAGAUGUUUGUGAUAAGUAUAAAGGAAUCUUUCACCAACCAAAUCAUUUAGCCACAGAUUUGAAUAAGACAGGAAGUAGAAUGCGUUCUGGGAUUUUUUCCUCUCAACAAGGCAGUAAUUUGAAGAAAGUUCCAAAUCAGCCCAUAUGGAAAGGGCCGACGGUUAGCAAUCACAAACACACUGAUAAACCAAAAUUCCGAGCUAAGUCCAGUAUCAGACCAACUCCAAGGAGCUCAACGUUAAUGAGACCUACUGCUAGCCAGUUAGCAAAACAAAAUAAUGCCAGUAAAUUCCAUAUGCAAGUGGAUCCAAGUCAUGAUAAAGGAAGUUGCGGGACAUCUGGGACUGAAGUUCAAGCGUCUAAAAGACAGAAGCUUGAUGGAGGUCUUCUUCGUAAGGUUGCUGAUACAAAGCAGGAAAUGAGUUUUGUCCACAAGAUACCCAAGAAGGAUACAACUCUUGAUAGAAACUUACAACAUGCCAGGACAAAGAUUACUAUCCCACAAGAGCCUGAUUUUGCUACGUCACAGAGGGCUCACAGGAUACGGCACAAGAAUGACGCGAAGUUAGAACAGGACUCAACAACUGUAUAUAGAUUCAAAGCACGCCCAUUUAACCGAAAGAUAUUUGAUGCUCCCUCAUUGCCCAUCCGGAAAAAGAGCACUCCGAAACUACCAGAAUUUCAAGAAUUCCAUUUGAAGACUUCAGAAAGGGCUAUGCAACAUUCAUCAGCAGUAACAACAAGGUCUCAUGCAUAUAAGGGGUUAGACAAAUCUAUUCUAACUGAUAUGAUUGACGGUGAUAACAAGGAAAGUAAGAGACCAAGCGUUAUGGAUAUAUCAAAACAUGAUGUCUCAGAAGGAAGUCACGUUUUUAAAGCUCGUCCUCUGAACAAGAAGAUACUUUCAAGCAGAGGAGACAUGGGCAUUUUCAAAAAUAGCAAGCGAGAAACAACAGUACCUUUGGAGUUUAAUUUUCAUUCGGAAAAGAGAGUUCAACCAGAUUUACCGACAGACCUUUUCAGCAAGCUCUCCAUCAAAUCCGAGCUCCAGCCAAACGAUGGAUCUCGCACAAGAUUAUUUCAACCAAAGGUCUCGAAGGAAAAUAGAAUGAACUCUUUCCAAGCAAGGAAUGAGGUACCAAGAUUGGCAGCGGGAAAACCAGUCUCUUCAGCGGGACAACAGAUACAAUUUGGUAAUAGUGGAAUAACUCCUGAAACAAACCAGCAAUGGACAGCUAGUAGGAGCUUAGGCAUUCGCUGAUGGUACAGAAACGCGCAUUUGUAGUAUCUGGAAUCAUCGCCUUAUGUACAUUCAGAAUUGGUUCUUCUUCAACCUGAAGCUAACAUUUUGAAAUCAAAAGAAGUAUAGACC